AUGGCGGUGGCGUAUCGCGCGGAGGAGGAGUACGACUACCUGUUCAAGGUGGUGCUGAUCGGGGACAGCGGCGUGGGCAAGUCCAACCUGCUGUCGCGCUUCGCCAGGGACGAGUUCAGCCUCGACACCAGGUCCACCAUCGGCGUCGAGUUCGCCACCAAGACCGUCCGCGUCGACGGCAAGCUCGUCAAGGCGCAGAUCUGGGACACCGCCGGCCAAGAAAGGUACCGGGCCAUCACCAGCGCCUACUACCGGGGCGCCGUGGGCGCGCUCGUGGUGUACGAUGUGACGCGCCACAUCACGUUCGAGAACGCGGAGCGGUGGCUGACGGAGCUCCGCGACCACACGGACGCCAACAUCGUGGUGAUGCUGGUCGGGAACAAGGCGGACCUGCGCCACCUCAGGGCCGUCUCGCCCGAGGAGGCCAGGGCCUUCGCGGAGCGCCACCGCACCUUCUCCAUGGAGACGUCCGCGCUGGAGGCCACCAACGUGGAGGACGCCUUCACGGAGGUGCUCGGCGAGAUCUACCGCGUCGUCAGCAAGAAGGCCCUCGACAUCGGCGACGACCCCGCCGCGCCGCCCAGGGGCAAGACCAUCGACGUCGGCGGCAAGGACGACGUCACCCCGGUCCAAAAAAACGCGUUAGGGUGCGACAAUUUUCGGUCAAGGCGCUUCAUCAUCAGUAAAGCAAAUGGGGUUUGGGAAAGGCUGGGGAUGGAUGAUAUUAUUGAUAAAGCUUGCGAGAUUGACCAUUCUGGAGAGGCAGUGUUAAAGUACUUACUACUUCUUCCGGGCCAAGGUUUGAGGAUAAUGGAUUACCACAAUGUGCGUGAGAUGAUUGCUGUCUCAGCAUGGUAUUUAUGGUGGGAAAGACGAAAGUUGGUGCACAAGGAGAAAACUCAAAAUGCACUUCAGAUUUCAAUGGGGGUUCUAGCCCUUACCACAAACUUCAUAAAUGCAUUGUCCCCCAAGGCUUCUACGAAGGAGGAUGGUCUUGUCCCCCCAGAGCUUUUGUGA